AUGUCUGAGAGCCUGGUUUUUAUUACCGGAGCCACUGGAUACAUUGGAACUCACCUUAUUGGUGAUGUCCUUAAAGCCGGCCACCGUGUUCGCGUGGCUGUGAGAAGCCAGGAGAAGUUCCAAUCGAUCAAGGAGUUGUAUCCUUCCGCUGCGGACAAGAUAGGAUUUGCUGUUGUGCCGGAUAUGUCACAACCAUCAGCUUACCAAGACGCCCUUAAGGACGUCAACUAUGUUUUCCACCUUGCUGGAGCAAUGGUUGACAAAGGAACAGAGCUUGAAAGAGACUUUGUCGAUCCUGCGGUCAAUGGAAGUUUGUCAAUUCUUGAGUCUGCCAAGAGGGAACCCAGCAUUCGAAAAGUUUCCAUUGUCUCGUCCUUUUUGUCUCUAAUGCCUAUGGAUGGUGUUAUGCAGAAUCCUUUCCAUAUCAAGGCAAAUACUGGCAAAAAAUUCCCUGUCGACUUCAAAAUUGCUUUCCCUGAAGGCUUACCUGGCCAACUUCUCAAGUAUCAAACAGGCAAAAUUGUUGGCCACCAAGCUUAUCGCGACUGGAUUAAGAAGGAGAACCCCAAGUUUACCGUUGUCAGCGUUCAUCCCUCACAGGUCUUUGGACCUAGCCUGGUCCAAAAGUCAGCGAGUGAGCUCAGUGGAGUGAAUUUCCUUAUGUGGAUGACUCUCCAAUCGGACGGGCCUCCGAUGACGCCUUACCUGAUGGUCGAUGUUCGCGAUGUUUCACUGGCUCUGGCACGAAUUAUUGAUGCUGACGUUCCUUCUGGAACAGAGCUGCCGAUUACUGGUCCUCUUUACACUUGGAAGCAGUAUGCGAGCUUUAUCAAGUCAAAGUAUCGUACUUUGGCUAUCAAAUUUGCUCCUCAGGAGGAACCAACAAUGAUUAUGGAUAGGGAUAUUACGGAUAAAUAUCUCAAGGUGGAUUGGACUCCAAUGGAGGAUACCAUCAGUGCAUUUGUUGAUCAACAGAUUGCACUAUCGUGA